GACUUAGUCAUUCACAAAACUUUAAUUUAUUGUGUUGUUGCUAUUGCUGCUAAAAAAAAUAUAUAUUUGUUAUUAUUCUCGUCAUCACGUCGUUGUCAUUGAUUGUUAUUAUGUGCCCUUUUUGAAGCAUGUUAUUUUUUUCUUUUCGAUACCCUGUACGUAUUACCUAAGUGAAAAUUGUCUAAUGUAAAUUGCAUUGAAAUGUAAAUUUAAAUUCGGAACAUUUCACACUUAAUCAAUACUCCUCGUUAAGAAUAACUUCCCGCGUAUAAUGCAAAUUAUUUCAUGGUAAAUACAUUUUAUUUUAUUCAACACUACUGUACCAGUAAGUUUUUCGCCUUUUUUUGAAAAAAAACAGAAUAGGUCUUGGAGAUGUUCGAGCAUAUCGGUUCGAUUUAAGAUGGGAACCAAAAUACUCUUGCGUGAUUUGUAUCAAUAGUAUACUAAAUAAUCGUGAAUAAUUCGUUCUUCGAUAUGUAAUAAACAACGACCUUCUUUAGUUGUGGUUUACCUCAAACAAACCUGAAUUAAUCCUUGCUAAAAAUAUAAAAGAAUUGUUGUAAAUAUAAUGUUCAAAGUUUUUCUAUCGUAAUCAUAUAAUCCAUCUCCUUCAAAGGUGAUGCAUUAUGAUAACCGCUUUUUAAACAAAUCUGAAAGACAAAACAUAAAUAUACUUACAGUUAUUUAAAACUAAUGAGUUAAAGUGCUUGAAGAGCCGUGAAUUAAGCUUUUGAGGUUUUAGGAGGCAAAAAUGCCCCACGUAUAAAACCGGAGAACUGUUAUUAAUUCACAGAUUAUAGGAUUACCUUUAGUAUAACAAUAGAUUUUAGUCGAUUUGUCGAUCUGGCCACAAAUUGUUGACUAUUUUGACAACAUUUAAAGUUUUAAAGUGCUCAUAAAAACGUUUCAUUUGAUUUGUCGCUCAUAUUUUCUUGAUGAUUUGAAAGGAUUUCCAAUUUAUAGAACCGUUUAACCAAGAAAGUCCUCGUACAUAUGUUAUUAUCCAGUUUAUUGUCCCGCUUUUGUUGUGUGUUCAAAUUAUUGAAUUCUACCGUUGAAAGUGUCAAGGGUUGCAAACUCGUUUUAUAGUAUCUCAAUAAAGUUUAGAAUCACAAAAUACAACAAUUGUUUAUAUGUGCCUUCAUUGAAGAGCGGGGUUUACCGAUAUAGCCUAAUUGCCCCCCUAUAAUAGAAUCCCUAUGGUUGCGGGUUUUUCGUUUUUGAUUAACCAAUCACAUUUAGAGCAAGGGACGGCGUUAUUAAAAUAAAGAGAAAUCGUCACAUCUCGCGCCUUGCACCUGUCUUCAAUCUCAGUCCUUUCUAUUCGCCGUCCUCCCGGUGUUAUUGGAAAUGCUUGGAAUGCAGUAAGCCAAACAUCUAGCUCUCAUGGCCGAUCUGCAAGAACAGGAAACUCACGAACAUUUCAGAUUUGCACUGAAACCUUUCCAGAAAUGGCGGGAAGCGGCAAGACGAGGCCGCGCCGCAAAAAGCGCGGGAAACGAUAAAUUUGCUACAGUCGAUGAAUCAAUUGCAUUGAUGCGAAGGGGAAGUGAACUCAUCAAAUUAAGGAGCGCGUCCAAGAAGUACCCGAGAACAUACUUUUUGGAUUCCGAGCUCGCAAACAUCUCCUGGACACCGUCCAAGAAAGGAGACCGCGCCAAAAUCCCAGUCAACACGGUCAAGGAGAUCCGGGAGGGGACUGUGUCGGACGCGUUCUCCCAGUGCUCGGAAGUGUUCCCCGAAGAGCGAUGUUUCACACUGAUCCACGGCGAGUCCUUCGCUACGCUAGACCUAGUGGCGGCCAACAGGGAGGAGGCGAUGCACUGGAUGAUCGGGCUUAGAUACCUGAUGGCCCAACACUACGGAUCCGACCCAGGCGAAAACGAACCAACAAGAAGGCAAAAAGCCAGGGAUUUAUGGUUACGUGGUAUCUACACGGCGGCCGAUAAGAGCGGCGAUGGUCUGCUUAGCAUUGAUGAGGUCUACUUCCUGAUGCAUAAACUAAACGUCAAGAUCUCCAACAGGCAGGUACGUGAGAAUUUCAAGGCAGCCGACACAGACACGGUGAACUCGAGUGGGUUGCUGGACUUCGAGGAAUUCGCAAAUUUCUACAAAAGCAUCUCCACGCGGCGAGAGCUUUAUAUGUUAUUACUCAAAUAUGGAAACAGCAAAGAAAAUAUGACAGUCCAGGAGCUGUUGAACUUCUUACGAAUCGAACAGAGGGUCACCGAAUGUGACGAGGAGUACUGUAGUAAUAUAAUACAAACAUACGAACCCGCCGAUAGUAACAAGAAGAACAUGCUGCUUGGCAUCGAUGGUUUCACUAGUUAUCUUCUAAGUGCUGAUGGAGAGAUCUUCAAUCCUGAGCAUAGUGAUGUAUACCAAGACAUGACAAGACCUCUAUCGCAUUACUUCAUCGCCUCUUCUCAUAACACAUAUCUGACUGGGGACCAGCUCGCCUCGGCCUCGAGUAUGGAUAUGUACGUCCGGGUGCUUCAGUCAGGCUGCCGCUGUCUCGAAUUGGACUGUUGGGAUGGCAAAGAUGGCGAGCCCGUGGUGUAUCAUGGGUAUACGAUGACGUCAAAAGUGAAGUUCCGUUACGUCAUUCUUAAUAUCAACGACUUCGCUUUCCUCAAUAACAGAUAUCCAGUUAUAUUAUCCCUCGAGAACCAUUGCAGUGUUGAACAGCAGAAGUUUAUGGCGAACUUCAUGCGAGACACUUUUAAAGAUAAGGUCAUGUAUUCUGACAUGAGCGAUGGGAAAGACUUGCCUUCCCCGCAAGAGCUCAUGGGAAAAAUACUGAUUAAGACGAAAAAACUUCCUGUCGCGCUAAGCGAAGAUUUGGAAGAAGGGGAAGUCACGGAGGAGGACUCUGCAGACGAAAUGGAUGAAUGCUUCAAGUUUCGAUCGGACGAGAACGAGGUUGAUCACCGUGCCAAGGAGCGGAAGUGCCGUCGCACCCUCGCGUCACUACAGCGACUGCGCAUGAACAAGGAAGACGACGAGAGCGACGCACGAGGGGACCUGAGCUCAGCUAUCGUAUCAUCCGUAGCCUCGGGAAACACGUCUGAGACUAGACAGAGAGGCCUCAGACAUACACUUAAACGAUCCUUCUCGACCAAAGAAAACAAAGAAAAGAAGCGCAAGGAAGUGACAAAGAGUCGAAGCUUCAGCACAGCCGAUGAAGACCCAAAGACAGCGAAGAAAGUCACGAAGCGAAAGCGAUCACGAGCGCUCAGUCGGGAAAUGGGCUCGAAGCGAACUAUUAGACUCAGCCGCCACUUGUCAGAUCUCGUCGCGUACACGCAGUCCCGGGCAUUCAAAGGGCUCGAAGUCGAGGAGGACGAGAAGCACUGGGAAGUUAUCUCCAUCCCCGAGCCUCGCGCGUAUCGCUUCACAGACACGAAGGCGACUCAGUUCACGCGCUACACCCGUUACAAGCUGUGCCGGAUAUAUCCCGCUGGUUACAGGAUCGACUCGAGUAAUCCGAACCCGCAGACUUUCUGGAACUGCGGGUGCCAGCUUGUGGCGUUGAACUACCAGACGGAGGGGCGAAUGCUUCAGAUCAACAGAGGGAAGUUCAGGGCAAAUGGGAACUGUGGAUAUGUUCUUAAACCCGACAUCUUGUGCAAAGAAAGUCAAUCUUUUGAUCCCAUGACGAGAAAAGACAUUCCCGGCGUUUCAAAGAAAGUACUUAAAAUUAGGGUAAUCAGUGGUCAGCAGCUACCAAAACCAAAAGACAGCAUACUGGGGGAUCGAGGCGAGAUCAUUGACCCUUACGUUGAAGUAGAAAUUAUUGGGAUCCCCGCCGACACUUCUAAAUAUCGAACGAAGACCGUCAUAGACAAUGGGUUUAAUCCUGUCUGGGAAGAGACGAUGGUGUUUCUCCUCAACUUUCCUGACAUCGCUCUUGUCCGGUUUGUGGUUUGGGAUGAGGACCCGAUCGGACGGGAUUUUAUCGGACAGAUGACGUUACCCUUCCAAAGCAUCAUGCCAGGGUUUAGACACGUUCACCUAGAGGGCCUCGACCAGGCUACAGUCUUCUGUCACGUGACUAUCAUGGAUUACACCACAGAUAAGGCCCUUGAUAUCACGGACAACAUCGUGAGGGAAAGGCACCAAUCGGGAGGGGUGAAAUUCAAGAGACGAGGAAUCCUGCGAAAUAACUCAUCGUAAAAUACCCUUGACCCGAUAUAAUAUGAAGGCUGUGUCGAAGACAAAAACAUUGACACCUUAGAAAAGUGUCUUUACAGUCCCUCAAAAUUCUUUAUAGCGAUCGCAAUGCUUUGCUUAGUCCCUGAGAUAUUCCCUUUUUAUGGCCCCGAUGGAUGUGAUUCAAAUAUCUGCAUUACUGUGUAUUGAACUCUCUUGUGAAUAAGAUGAUUAUGCUGUCGAAAAUAAUAAUUAUUUAUAAUAAAGUGAAUUUUUAGCGCU